AUGAGUGGAGGAGAUCCAGUUCGUGAACAAUUUUCUGCCUUACAAAAACAACAAAAAGAACGAUUAACUCAAUUAAAAGAAAAAUCCAAUAAGAAAAAAGUAUCAACUGUUGAUGCCAGUGUUUCAAUGAAUCUUGAAGUGGAUUCAGGUCCAUUUCCAAUUCAAGAGAGUAAUAAUGUCAUCGCUUCUAUUAUUGCUGGUCAACAGGAAAAUCUCAAUGAACAAAUUCGAGAAUUACGUGAUGAAAAUGGUCGUCUUCGAAAACUUCUAGCUGAAAAAGAUUAUGAAGUUGGUUAUUUACGUCGUAUUCAAGAAGAAGAACGUCAAGCAUUUACAGGUGCCAAUACAAUUGGUGGUGAUGCAAUAGCAACUAAAGUUGUUGAAUUAUCAAAAAAGAAUCGAGAAUUAUCUGCUGAAUUAGAAAGUGAAAGAGCAAAAUUAAAAAAAUUAUCAAUUAAAUGUAAAGAACUUGAAUCAAUGAAUAAUAAAACACAAGGAGAUGUACAACGAGCUUCAGUGAAUGCUGAUGAAAAUAAAGCAGAAAAAGAAAUGAAAGAAUUACGUGAUAAACUUAAAGAUUUACAAGCACGUUAUACAGAAGCUAAAUCUCAACUUGAUAUUACAAAACAAGAAUUAAAAAAAGUUCAAAAGGUAAUAUCAAUGAGAUUCAAUCAUAGAAUAAUCAGUCCCUACAGUAAAACCUCUCUGGAUGGGCACCUUAUACUAGAUAGUAGGCGCUAAUUUCUGAUUUCAUGACAAAUAACAACCUAUGCGCAAUGUGAGCAACCUAAUUUCUAUCACUCACAUACAGAACGAAAAAAAAAAUGACGCUAUGUAUUUUGUGUUAUUGACGUGCCGAAAAGUGUAAUUUCAGCACGACAUUAUGAUUAACAAUUAUGGGACACACAGGAAAAGGAAAUCAACUUGUCAUGCAUAUUUAACAACAAAGCAAUAUUAGACAAAAGCAACAGUACUUGAUGUAACAUCUUGUCGUUUUUGUCCUAAUAAUAUAAAAUUAUGUCAAUGUGUUUUGAUUUACAUCUGAUUGAAUAGCUUUCGAUAACGAACACCUCCUGAAAGUGGCCACUGUGUCGCUGGACCCGAAUGGUGCCCAUAUUAGAAAAGUUUUACUGUUUUUUAAUUUUCUUCAAGUGAAUCAUGAUGAUUAAAAUCGAAUAAUUUAUUCCGUCGAAAAAAAAGAAGACUUUUGAUUGGCUAAGAUAUCGUAAAGUGUAGUUCGAUUGCAAUAAUUAAAAUAGUUUUUGUUUUGUGUUCAUUGGGAAUUUCCGAAGUCGUCCUUGAAUAUAAGUUUAAUCAACUUCGAGUCAUAAUGGAGCUUUGUUUAAAUGAUAAAUUACUUUUGAGAUAAGAUUUAUUUCAAUAUAUAGCUCCUAUUAAUACUGGAAAAAGACAAAACAAGGAUUCUUACUCAUUAUAAAGUUCUCAACGAAAUUCAUUCAUUGUGAAAGUAUCAGGUUUUUUAACUUUUCUUUUCUGACAAAUAAAUACGAGAACAAAGUUCACUUUUUUUUUUUUGCAUAACAUAAUUUUCAAAAUUGGUAUCUAAGGAAAAUCGCACUCAUUCACAACGAUGCACAUCAAUUUUUCUAAACGUUUUCUUAUCUCAAUGGAUACUACUUAAAACUUAGUUGUUCAAUGCUAAAAUCAAAUUAACGAAAACUGUACAAUGUUUCGCGUUUUUCUCAAACGAGCUUUUUUUUAAUGAAAAACAAAAAGUUCAGAAAUAUUUCCAUUUCUCUGACCUACUACGUCCCGUCGAGCUGAAACUUUUUUAACAGAUAUAAUACACUGUUUGAGGUGAGUACUUGUGUUUUUUUUCAAAAAGUAUUGCACAAAUAAUUUUUUAUUGGUUCUUACAAAAAAAUCUGUAGUCAAACAAAAUAGACUUUUUUUCUAAUGAUGUCUUCAAUAUUUUGACUUUUUUAUUGGAAGGCCAAAAAAAUAAAAACAUACCCAUCCCAAACAAUGUUUAGUGUCUGCGAAAAGAAAACUUUCAGCUUGAUCGAAUACAACAUCCGAAAUGACAUCGUUCACUCAACCAUUACUUAGUCAUAAAAUGACCACUACCGUCCUAUUGAUACAUCCAUGGAUAGUCAAUCACAAGAUACACAUAGUUCUCGGAAGAUUAUUUUCGUCUAUAGAACUUUGUAGAGUUCAUUGUACUGAUUAUUUUGAUUAAAAAAAUAUUCAAAUUUCCUCAAUAAAUCAUAAUUGAUUUAGUAAUUUUGAUAUAUUUAUUUUUACCAAAAUGAUCAGCACAAUGAGCUCUACACAAUUCUACAGACAAAUAAAAGCCUUCUAAGAACCAUGUGUUUUUCUUUGCGUUUGACUGUCUAUGGAAGUAUCUAUCAAUUGAUACGACUCACAAGCAGUUUCUCGUUAGUAGAUAGUAACCAUUCUGUCUAUUUUCGAAUAGAAAAAAAAAUGCAAUUGAUAAUUUUUCAUCUUUAAUUAAACAAUAAAAUUUAGUUCAGAUUAAUUUUGAAAUUAUAUUUACAAAUAGAGAAUGACUCGAAAAUCAUUUUACCCAAAAAAAACAACUCUUUGCCAUCGAAUAUACAGUACUGGACAAAAAUAUAAGAACACUUUAUUUUUGAUUUUUUUCUACGAUGCUAAAUAGCUAGCUCAAAUCCAAAUAGUGAUUCUGAAAGCCAAUGAAGUUUCCAAUUUAAUGCACUCUACAGCAGAGUUUCAUGAGUGAAUCACAGUCGAAAGAUUUCCAGAAAACUAAAAACCGUGUUUUUCAAGUCCUAUAAGACGUUGCUGAAACAAGUUUUUGACUAUAGCAAUGUUGAAGAUCCGAAAAUUUUGAAGAAAAUGAUG